AAGGAUGGAGUAGUCCGAGCCGGCGCAGAGGAGCUAGCAGCGCAGCUAGUGCUGACCCAUUGAUAGUCUCUUGAGUCUCUAAGUUUACAGGGACCUCAGGAUGGCUUAGGGGGCAACUUCUAUCCAAGUCACCAUGUAUGGAAGCUGCCUUUUAGAAAAAGAAGCAAGUAUGUACCCAGGCACUCUCAGGAGCCCCGGAGGAAGCAGCACAGCAGGAGUGGGCACCUCUGGGGGCAGUGGUAGUCCUCUCCCUGCCUCCAACUUUACUGCAGCCCCAGUUUACCCACACUACAUGGGGUAUCCUCAUAUGUCCAACAUGGAUCCUCACGGGCCUUCGCUGGGAGCCUGGAACUCACCCUACAGUCCACCCCGGGAAGACUGGAGUACAUACCCUGGGCCGCCCAGUACAAUGGGCACAGUGCCCAUGAACGACAUGACCUCCCCAGCUUUCGGCUCCCCAGACUACAGCACUCUGGGCACCACCAGCGGAGCAAGCAACGGCGGUAGCUUGCCAGACCCGGUCAGCGAGUCACUGGUUUCCAUCAACUCAGGCACCUCUGGCGCCACUUCUCCCAGCAGGAGCCGCCACAGCCCCUACGCGUGGAUGCGCAAGACUGUGCAGGUGACCGGGAAAACCAGGACAAAAGAAAAGUAUCGUGUGGUUUACACGGAUCAUCAAAGGCUGGAGCUGGAAAAGGAAUUUCACUGCAAUAGAUACAUCACCAUCCGGAGGAAGUCAGAGCUGGCAGUUAACCUGGGCCUUUCUGAGAGACAGGUGAAAAUCUGGUUUCAGAAUCGCAGAGCCAAGGAGAGGAAGAUGAUCAAAAAGAAAAUCUCCCAGUUUGAGAACAGUGGAGGUUCCGUGCAAAGUGACUCUGGCUCCAUUAGCCCCGGAGAACUGCCUAAUGCUUUCUUCACCACUCCAUCAGCUGUCCGUGGAUUUCAGCCAAUUGAGAUACAGCAGGUCAUAGUUUCCGAAUGAAACAGGAGCAGAGAAACUGAAGCAUCCUUCCUAUUACAGCAUCUCUUUGGCCUCUAAGAUAACAGCAGGGCAGUUGAGAUUGGAUAUAAUUCCUUAUAAGACACAAUUCCCAACAAGUAGACACACAAGGAGUUGGAGAUAUUUCAGAAGACUCUAAUAUUCAGAAACCAUUCCUAGACAACUCUUAUUCCAUGCUGUUAUAUGGG